UACAAACAGCAUCUACGCCACGUCACCCAGUGUCUGCACUGAGGCUGUUCUCUAAUGUUCUUCCAUUACUUGGUCGAGAGGAGCUGAUCAGUUUCAGAGAAGGCAGAAACUUUCUAGAGAAGAAGUGUAAAAGGAAUUUCUUUUACUCUGUGCAGAGUACAACCAAGUUUUAAUUUCAAACUUCCAUGCACAGUAUUUCUGAAGAUUUCUGCUGUGAGAAAGUUCGUCACCUAGAAACAAGCAUAGCCAAAGAAAUUUAAUGAAAAGGGACCAUUAAAGCAGGAAGCUGACAAAGAGGAGGAGCAGCACCUUUCCCCAAGCUUUGAGCGUGGAGAAUCGGCAUCUUCCUUUUCAAUUUACAUUAACUUGCUUUUCUUCAGAUUCCUGUAGGGACAUUCUUGGGCCAUCAUGAAUGUAUUUCGGAUCCUUGGAGAUGUCUCUCAUCUCUUAGCUAUGAUCAUUCUGAUAGUGAAAAUCUGGAGAUCAAAGUCAUGUUCUGGUAUUUCAGGAAAGAGUCAGAUCCUCUUUGCACUUGUUUUCACAAGCCGUUACCUUGACCUCUUCACAACCUUCAUCUCCUUUUACAAUACCAUCAUGAAGGUUAUUUUCUUACUUUGUGCCUAUGCUACUGUGUACCUGAUCUAUGGAAAAUUCCGGAAAACUUUUGACAGUGAACAGGAUUCUUUCCGUCUUGAGUUCCUUUUGGUUCCUGUCACAGGUCUCUCCUUUUUAGAAAACUACAAAUUCACUCCUUUAGAGAUACUAUGGACUUUCUCAAUUUAUCUAGAAUCAGUGGCUAUCCUUCCACAACUUUUUAUGAUUAGCAAAACAGGUGAAGCUGAGACAAUCACAACACAUUACCUUUUCUUUUUGGGCCUUUAUCGUGCGCUUUAUCUUGCCAACUGGAUCUGGCGUUAUUACACAGAAAGCUUCUUUGAUCAAAUUGCUGUUGUUUCUGGAGUAGUACAGACGAUCUUCUAUUGUGAUUUUUUUUAUCUCUAUGUCACCAAAGUACUAAAAGGGAAGAAACUGAGUCUUCCAAUGCCUAUAUGAAGAUGUGCACAAUGGAAGAAAGCAGAUGAAGUCCCCGUUUCAGGAUUCAAGACUCUUUUGCCAUGUCACUAUUUGAAUUCAGAGCAUAUGCCCUUUUCUUUUACAUUUCGAUUAGAAAACAUGAUUGCACCAAAGAGACUAGGUCUAAGUAACUAACAUUUCAGAACUAAACUAUUUAGCAUAGAAGAUGACUCAUCUGCAGUAUUUUUAUAAAGAAGCGUUCCUUCAAAACUGAAAAAACCAGAUUAUGAUUUAACAAUUGUAUAAUGGCUACAUCCUUUUCUAAAAAGUUCACACCAAUUUUCAAAUGAUUAUAAAUACUAAAACAGCUGUGACCUAACACUCUUUCCUAAACUAUCAACGUUCCCUCAAGGGAUUAGAGAAAACAUUUUUAAAUAUUCAACUUUUUUUUUAAAUAAAAAAAACAAGAUUUCUGAA